AAUCCAAUCAGAAGAUCGCCUGCUUAUGAAAGUGAACAAUGUGAGCAAACAAAGCCCAGAAACCUCAGUAUCACUUUCUCUAGCAUUGAACUUGCCUUACCUAUAACCUGAGGGCCGAGUGAAAGGUAGAAAAAGAAAAUUCAAUCCUCCAUCUCGUUGACCUACAUUCACACAUCCCAUUACAACUGACCCUCUUAUUCAUUAAAACUUUUCGGAAGUCCACGGAAAAACUCAUUUACCGGAAACCCUUCGAAGGUGCAGUGACUGGAUCAUUUGUUUUGGCGCUAUGGAUCCCAUACUUGCUAUGAUCGGAAAUAGCUCGGAAAUGCUGGUGACCAAGACGCCUAACUGGAAAAGACUGAUGUUGGAUCAGAAUUGGAAAUAUAUGAGUGUUUAUUUUAUUUGGAUUUUCUUCCUGUUUUUCAUGGUUUGGCCAGCUGUCAAAGCACUCUUAGAAAGAAAGAAGAAGAAUGAUAUGUUGUGGAAAUUACCAGGCUGCAAUGCCAAUACCUUAUUUUUGUAUUUCGCUAUUGCAAAGUCUAUAGUGCUUAGGAAUCAAAUCAAGAGUAAUAUUUUGACCUUCCAGAUUUUGUGCGGAGCUACACUUCUCCAUGGCAAAGAAAAGUUAUGGAGAUUGUGGAUUGGGAGCAAGCCUUGGGUCAUUCUUCAUAAACCAGAAGCUAUUGAAGUCAUUUUAAAUAGUAACACUAUUCUAAAAAAGACUUUCAUGUACGACUUCCUCAAUUAUUGGUUUAAAGAAGGUCUGAUUACAAGUUCUGGAUCCAAAUGGCGCAUGAGAAGGAAGUUAUUGACUCCAGCUUUUCACUUCCGAAUCUUAUCCGACUUCCAGCCGGUCCUUGAUGAGCAAUCUCGAGUACUAGUGAAAGUACUUGAAGAAAAAGAAGGCGAAAUAGUGGAUAUUGUCCAUCCAGUCACUCUUUGCACCUUGGAUAUUAUCUGUGAAACCGCUAUGGGUAUAAAAAUUGAAGCUCAAAGAAAAAAUACCAAAUAUGUCGAAGCUCUUAAGCAGGCCUCUUCUCAAUUCUCUGAUCGUAUCAUUAAGCCUUGGGUUUGGUCUGACUUCACGUAUUACUUGACUGAGGAGGGACGCAAGUACAAAAAGAAUGUAUCUAUUAUGCUCCAGUUCACUUCAGCUGUUAUCCGUGAACGGAAGAAGGAAAUGCUCUUGAAACCGAAAGAGGAGUCGAAUCCCUUUCAAGAAGAUGAUGACGUCAACACAAAGAAGAGGAAAGCGUUUCUCGACCUGCUGCUUGACCUGCACAUCAAGGACAAUAUCCUGAGCGAAAGGGACAUCAGGGAAGAGGUGGACACCUUCAUGUUCGCCGGUCAUGACACCACCGCCAUGGGUAUCAGCUGGGCACUGUAUAAUAUCGGUUUGCGUCUUGAUAUUCAAGAAAAUAUUCACAAUGAGCUGGACAGAAUAUUUGGAGACGACCAAGAGCGACCAAUCAAAAUGGAAGACGUCAGAGAAAUGAAAUACCUUGAUUGUGUCAUAAAGGAAAGUCAACGGUUAUAUCCUUCUUUGCCUGUAAUUGGUAGAGAAUUAGAAGAAGAUGUUAUGAUAGAUGGCUACAUGGUACCUGCUGGAACGACUUGUAUGCUAGCAACAUUCAUGCUGCAUAGAAAUCCAGAAGUAUUCCCAAAUCCAGAAGUUUUCGAUCCAGAACGUUUCCUGCCAGAAAACUGUGCUGGAAGGCAUCCUUUUGCAUACGUGCCAUUCUCAGCUGGCCCUAGAAAUUGCAUCGGUCAGCGCUUCGCCAUGUUAGAAGAAAAGACAGUCGUGGCUAACAUCUUAAGAAAGUUCAGAAUUGAAUCCCUUGAUCCAAGAGACAAGCUUCGUCUCUCAUCAGAAAUGGUUCUCAGAAACGAUGGGCCUCUGAGGAUUAGAGUACACAGAAGACACAUAUCAUGAAGAUAACAAUUUAUGAUCGUACUUUUUCUUUUGUACAGUUCAGUUUCAGAGCAAUAGGAACUCAAAAAUUGGUACCUCGAGGAACAACCGAUUUCGUAAAGUGCAUCUAUUUCCUCCAAAUAUUUUUCACCUCUGGACAUUUGUAUAGU